CUCAGUCUCUGUUCUCAUCCUCAUCUUCGCCAAGAGAGCUUUCGUCUGUUUCUCGCACCGCUUUUUAUUUCCUAAGAGGGUGUUUGGGAAGAGAGAAAGGGAGAGAAAAUGGAGGUAGAUAGAAGAGUUGGGGUGGCAGUAGAUUUCUCUGCAUGCAGCAAGAAAGCCCUGAAAUGGGCCUUGGACAACGUUGUCCGCGACGGGGAUCACCUUAUCAUCCUUAGCGUCCUCCCUGAAGGACACUACGAAGAGGGCGAGAUGCAGCUCUGGGAAACCACUGGUUCUCCAUUAAUUCCUUUGAGUGAGUUUUCUGACCCGAUUAUAUCGAAGAAGUAUGGGGUGAAACCCGACGCAGAAACGCUGGACAUUGUCAAUUGUGUUGCCAGGCAGAAAGAUAUUGUGGUGCUGAUGAAGGUAUACUGGGGCGAUGCUCGGGAGAAGAUAUGCGAAGCAAUUGACAAUAUUCCUCUAAGUUGCCUUGUCAUUGGAAACAGAGGGCUGGGCAAGAUCAAGAGGGCAAUAUUGGGCAGUGUUAGCAACUAUGUGGUGAAUAAUGGUUCUUGUCCAGUUACAGUGGUGAAGAAUGCGGAAGAAAGUGGAAAAUGAAGGUUAGUGUCUUCAGAGUGAACCUUGGAAAUAAGUGGCAUGGUGUUUGAUUGAAUGAAGUGGAUCCCCAUGGAUCCAGUAGAAUGGGUGAUUGUUAAAUAAAUCUCGUUGUUUGCAACUUUAAUUAAUGUUGAAGUGGGAAUGCGUCAUUCUAUAUGUGGAUUAGGUUUGUGUAUGCUGAACCAUCGCCCAUGGUGGCGUUAUAUUCUCAGAGGGAAUGAAUAUUUUUCCAGCUUUUGAUGCCAAUCAAGAUUGGCUUCGAUCUGA